AUGGCUGUCCGUCUUCAUAAAUUAUUUCAAUAUAUUGAUGGCUUCAAAUCUGAACAUAACGUGAAAGGCUUUCUUCAUGUGGGUAAUGACUACGCUGUUUUUCUCAGAGUCCCUAAAUCUCACGACAAAUACCUCAUUUACGAAUUAUAUGAAACAAGACAAGCUAGUGACAUUAAUACGGACAAACCUAAGCUACUUGCAAUAUCAAAAGUGCCUAUAAACUAUAUACGUGAACAACUUGACACGUUUCAUAUUGAACUUUAUAAAUCGAAAUAUGAAGAUAGUAAUGUUAUUCCUGGAACAAAAGUGAAAACUCUAAGGGAGUGGCAAAUAGAUAAAUCACUUUCGUAUAAUGAUACAAACGGCUUGAUUUUCGCUGACGAACCAGAUGUAUUGCGAACUGUUUUGUGA